GCGCCCAGUGUGCGGACACUUGGGUUUGCUUAUCUAUUUUGACUGUCUAUUUGUGACUUGAUAACAAUCAUUUGACAAUCGUCUGUCAAAGGAAAGCGCUGUUCUCGGAGCCGUGCUCCGCUAAAAGUUUGAAUUGUGCGAGAAUUGAGGGGCAAAUAUAUAAUCCGCACCCCUAAAUUUACCGUUGACCUACACACUUCUCCGACUCGAGCAGCAAGAUUCGCAGCGAAACAAACAAUAAUUAGCAUUUCUGCUAUUUGGCCAAACCAUGGCGACGACGGAUGGAGCGGAGAAGCCUACCGUGUUGAUUAUUGGCGGAUUAGGUUACAUUGGUCGUUUCCUUGCAUUGCAUAUCCACGAAAAUAACCUCGCCUCAGAGGUGCGCCUUGUUGAUAAGGUGCUCCCGCAAUUGGCAUGGCUGGGCCCAGAGUUUAAAGAUGCUUGCGCGCAAGAUAAGUUUAUGCAGGCGGAUGCGUCCCGAGAACAUUCACUUUCGCGUGUUUUCGAUCGGCCGGACGGUAAACAAUUUGAUUAUGUUUUCAAUUGCGGCGGAGAAACACGAUAUUCACAGGAUGAUGAGGUGUACCGAUUACGUACAUACAAUCUUUCAGUGGAGAUUGGCAAGGAAGCCGCUCGGCGAAAUGUGAAAUGUUUUGUCGAAUUGAGCUUAGGAAGCGUUUACAAGUCAGAGUCGAGUCCAAGAAAAGAGACGGAUAAGACCAAGCCGUGGAAACGCGUUGCGAAAUGGAAAUUGUCCGCCGAGGAGGAACUCCAAAAAAUCGAAGGCCUGAAUCUGGUCAUUCUGCGACUGGCAUAUGUCUAUGGCGAUUACUCUGCCAAGUUCGUCGGCACGGCGUUGAGCAUGGCUCGCGUAUAUCAACAUCUUGGCAAGGAACUCAAGUUCUUAUGGAGCAAGGAUACCCGUGUAAAUACGGUGCACAUCAACGAUGUAGCCAGGGCCCUCUGGCGAGCAGCCGACUGGUAUGCGCACGGAAAGGAUGGUUGGGAUGAAGCCAGUUUGGGCAAAACUCCGCUUUUUAACAUUGUGGAUCACGGAAAUACUUCUCAAGGAAUCAUGUCCGAGCUAAUUGCUCAGAUCUUCAACAUCCCUACCGGUUUCCAAAACAGCGUGAUAUCCUCAUUUGCUCGUCUUAAUCUCGACUAUGUUGUUGAUGAUGUUAAUGAUGAGACGCUUGGCCCCUGGGCCGAUCUCCUCGCUGCCGCCAACAUUACCCGUCCAGGCCCACUAAAUCCGUUCAUGGAGAAGGAACUACUCAAGGACGCUCACCUCUCUCUGGACGGUAGCCGCUUCGAGAAAGUGACUGGCUUCACAUACGAGAAACCGCGACUUACCAAAGAGGAGCUGGAAAAGGUUAUUGAAAGCUAUAAACGGAUGAAUUGGUGGCCUUGACGAUGCUUUCGCCCAUAACCUCUGCCAGAUUGACGACCGAAUUCACAAGUGCAGCUUGAUUUCGACGAAAGAAUUAGCAUCUCAUCUAUCUCCCUACGACUGAUGACGAUUAUGCAUUAUCAGGCGUCCUGCGAUCUCUCUAUUUUCGGGCUCUGCUCUAACAGCCAAGCAGGAAACGGGCGUAUGUAACGAAAUGCAACUGAGCAUGUCAAAGAAGCUUAACUGCUUUACUCGACAAGCAAAGCUGCCAUGCAAUAUAUAUCUCGACCGAUCCAAUUCACUGCUGGCUAGAAGAGGAGCAAUUUCGGUACGACAUGACCAGAAGAUGUCUUUACUCUAAUCAUUU